AUGGGAAGCUUUGUCUUCAAGUGGGAGCAUCCCGCGUCCGAGGUCUAUGUCACCGGUACCUUUGACGACUGGUCCAAGACAGAGAAGCUGGUCAAGACUGGCGAUGUCUUUGAAAAGAAUGUGACGCUACCAAGUGCGGCCGAGAAGAUCUACUACAAGUUUGUUGUUGACGGCAAUUGGGUCACCGACCACACGGCUCCUCAAGAAAACGACGCUUCAGGCAACCUCAACAACGUCCUCACUACAGAUCGCAUCAUCAAGCACACUCCCGAAACAGCCGGAAUCAUGUCUGGAGUAGCACCAACCUCUACAACCAGCCACUUGGCAAAGGAUGUUCCUCUCGAGAAGGCUCCUCUCGAACAAAAUGGAUCGUCAGACCUGCCAGGCGCCUUUCCCGAGACUCCUGCAGCCACAGAAAGGGCUGAAUUCUCCGUCAACCCCCUCCCAGCCGCAGACGGUGCAGUGAACCCCAUUCAGCUGGCACCCGGCGAGAAGGUCCCAGCCCCAAGCGACUUCACCACAAAUACUCUCACUUCUGGGGUCCAUGAUGAUCCUGAGCUUGUCGCGGCAGACAAAGAGAAGAGUGAGUCUCAGACUUUUGGUGUUUCGCCUCUUCCAGCUUUCGCUGGUGCUGUCAAUCCAGUCAAAAUCGCGCCGGGAGAGAAGAUCCCCGAACCGAGCUCAUUGACCGCCAACACGAUUACUUCUGCCGUCCGUACCGACAAGGAGUCGUACGAAAAUAGCGGUGCUUUGGGACAUGCUCCCGUACUACCUCCAGUUGUCACCCCUCAAGCUGAGCGGGACCAAAAUGGCACCGGAGUUCUCGAUCUUCCUCCUAUUUCUAGCGCCUUGAUUCCGGAGUCAAGCUUACCAGUGGGAGCUACAGGAGCUGGUACUUUUGAUGCUAGCCCAACGAUACAAUCGUCGGGCCCUCAAAGCACCACAGCAAACCUUGCCGCAAACGUCCCACUUGAAUCUACAAAGGUGCCUGAGAUUGUGAAGGAGAGUCAGGCAGAGGCUGGAUUUGCUCCAGAGGCCAGCGCGGUACCGGAGGAAGUCAAGGAGAAGAGUGCGGUCGAAAAGGAGCUUUUGAAGGAAGUCCCAACUGCCCCAUCAACUGCAGAGGGCACUGGUGGCCAAGGGACCGACAAAACCGAGAAAGGCGUUGUAGGCGAUGUUGCUGCUGUUGUUGGAGGCGCCGCUCUUGCUGCUGGUGCUACUGCCGCUGCCUAUGCUUCAGGGGCGGCGAGCAAGCUCCCAGAGUCAGUCACGAGCAAGUUACCAGAGUCUGUUCAGAACUCCAUUGCCUCUAUUAAUGCCAGUUCAAGCUCUGGUCCAGCAGCUACGGCCAUUGAUACCCCAGAGGUUGUGAAGGAGUCGAUCGCCGAGUCUGGACAAGCCCCUGAAGCUGCUGGCAACGAGACGGCUGUUUUGGAUAAGGCAGCCGUGGAGAAGGAAUUGCUGUCUGAAGUCAAGCCAGCAACUGCAACUGGCGAAUCUGCACCUACAAGCAGCAGUCUGAAGGCAGCGGUCGUGGCUGGCAAGCAGCCCGAAUCACGCGACAUCUCACCUGGAACGGUUCCAGGUUCCCAUACCGAGACCCAAACUGCACCCACUGUCACCACCGGUGUAGCUUCUGCCACUACCGAAAAGAAGAGCACACCUGCAACCCCAGCGAAGUCCAGCACCAAGGCCCCCGAGAGUCCCGCCAGCUCCACUGCCACAGAUAAGAAAAAGAAGCGGACCAGCAUCUUUGGGAAGAUCAAGGCCAAGCUUCACAGCAAAGACUAG